AUUGCCCUACAUGGUGAAGGAGAUUUCGCAAUCGCACCGAACACACCUCUCUGUUCCAAACAACAACACGGCGAGUUCAAGUCCCAGACCGAACAGAGGAAUCUGAAUCAAAUUUAAAUCGGAUUGGACAGUUAGACUGAAACACUCCGCCACUAGACGACAGCCUCACCCGGCCCCCUCGUCACCCAUCAACCAGUGCUAGUGGUUUUGUAUCACCAGCGCCAGAAGGUGGUGGAUCCAGAUGAGCAGACCUCCCCAUCAGAACCCCCCUACAACGCAACCUAACGGCGUGAGCGUCAUCCAGAGCCAGGCACGCCGCGCCCCACCGGCUCCGCCCCUUGCCUCAGCCCCCCGGCGACCACGACCACAGCAGCGGCAGCAGGCACCCCCGCCGGACCCAGCCCCUCGCUCCGCAGCAGGGGGCACAGCCACGUCCACCGGCAGGAUGAAGAAGCCCUCGGCGGAGAAGGACAGCGACGAGUACCGGCAACGGCGCGAGCGCAACAACCUGGCGGUGAAGAAGAGUCGCAUGCGCAGCAAGCAGAAGGCGCAGGACACGCAGCAGCGCGUCAACGAGCUGAAGGAGGAGAACGAGCGUCUGGAGGCCAAGAUCAAGCUGCUGAGCAAGGAGCUGAGCGUGCUCAAGGACCUCUUCCUGGAGCACGCCCACAACCUGGCCGACAACGUGCAGCCGGCGGGCGCGGCGCCCGACGGGGCCAGCCCCGCCAACGGCGCGGCUAACAACCACAGCCAGUGAAGCGCCGCUACGUGACGAUUGGUCAGUUUUUUUUAUUAUGGAGGGAAAGGCGGGAGUUACCGCUGUGAACAUGGAAGCGCCUUUUUUUGUGUUCGCCGUUUUAUGGAUGGAACUAUUUUAUAUACAUUUGAUCAACUCUUGAUAAGUGAAUUAGUUACUGGCUGAAACUCGACAAGCUUUGGUUAGUUGAUUAUAUAUUUUUUCCCUUAGUACACUUCACGCCUCUUCCUCUUCCUCCACGGUUGGACAGUUCUGGAAGAGACUCUGAACUCUGUCACACCAAGUGGACUCACUGAGAAGAGACACUCUCUCCUGUGUGUGUGUGUGUGUGUGUGUGUGUGUGUGUGUGUGUGUGUGGGUGUGUGUGGGGGGGGGGGGGGUCCUACUUGCUGCUGGUCAAUAAUCGGCAAACAAAAAAAGCAUGUCUGUUGGAGGAAGGUAGGCGGGGGCAGCCAGAUGCACUGCUGGCCGAGCGGACUCUGCACACUUGCCUAUCCAGCACACACACACACACACACUCUGGCUGUCUCUCUUUCGCACACAAACUUCAGGAUCUUGGCACUGCAGUUUUUUCUAUAUUUAAAUUUUCUACUGCUUUUACUCAACAGAACCGCAUGUUGGUUAUUUGCAUGGGGGGGGGGGAUAUUUUAAUGUUCAGAAGAGAAUUGAUAACCUGUAAGGUUGUAAUCAGCAACGUCUUGAUAUUAUUCUGACGCAGCUUUGCAGACACCAUUUUUCCACAGAUCUGAUGGUUGGUGUAAAUGUUGCUGGGCGGCAUUUCUCAGUGGUGGCCUGGUUUUUUUAUAAGUGUCUUGGGAAUAUGUAUUGUAAAAUAAAAAUGUAAUUAUAAAUGUU